AUCCUCAUCCUCAUCCUCCGCGCUCCAGAACCUUCCAGCUCUUCCUCCUCCUCCUCCUCCUCCUCCUCCUGCCCCCACGCCGCCAUGGGGAACGCCAGGAGCGGGGCGCUGUCCAAGGAGGUUCUGGAGGAGCUGAAGACGAGCACGCGCUACUCGGAGGAGGAGCUGUGCCGGUGGUACGAGAGUUUCCAGCGGCAGUGCCCCGACGGCCGCAUCAGCCGCGCCGAGUUCGAGAAGAUCUACGGCACCUUCUUCCCCAACUCGGACCCGCAGGGCUACGCCCGCCACGUCUUCCGCAGCUUCGACACCAACGACGACGGCACGCUGGACUUCCGGGAGUACAUCAUCGCGCUGCACCUCACCUCCUCCGGCAGGACCCACCUGAAGCUCGAGUGGGCCUUCUCCCUGUUCGACGUGGACCGCAACGGCGAGGUCAGCAAGGGCGAGGUGCUGGAGAUCAUCACGGCGAUUUUCAAGAUGAUCCCGGCCGAGGAGCAGAAGCUGCUGCCCGAGGACGAGAACAGCCCCCAGAAACGCGCGGACAAACUCUGGGCCUACUUCAACAAGGGCGAGAACGACAAGAUCGCCGAGGGGGAGUUCAUCGAGGGAGUGAUGAAGAACGACGCCAUCAUGCGCCUGAUCCAGUACGAGCCCAAAAAAUGAGCCCAAAACCCCAAAAAACCCAAAAAACCCAAAAUUCACCAAAAUCCCCAAAGCCCGCAGGGGCCGGGCAGGGGGGGAGGGGCAAUAAAGAGAAUUUCCCCCAAAAA